AUGGCUCUGACCGUGAAGUUUCUAACCAGGAGGUUCAUCAGCGAAUAUGAUCCCAACUUGGAUAAGACACAUUUUCAUCCCGACACCUACUCCUCRGAGGAGCUGGUGGACCAGCAGCCUGUGCUGCUGAAGGUGAUGGACACCGCUGACCAGGACGGCCCCGGGAACUGUGAGCGCUACCUGUGCUGGGCCAGCACCUUCCUCGUUGUCUACAGCAUCGAUGACAGGAAGAGCUUCGAGGGCUGCCAGCGCUACCUCGAGGUCCUCGCCCUGCAUGCGYGGGGCUGCCAGCGCCGCUGCCCCGUGCUCCUGCUGGGAAACAAGCUGGACAUGGAGCAGUACAGGCAGGUGCCCUCAGCAGAAGGGAUGUCCCUCGCCAGCAGGUUCGGGUGUCUCUUCCAUGAGGUGUCRGCGUGCCAGGACUUCGCCAGGGUGCAGCACAUCUUCCACGAGGCCAUGCGGGAGGUGCGGUGCCAGGCUGAGUGGAACCUGCCCGUGCGGCCACUCUUCAUCUCCGAGGAGCGGCCCUGCCCGCCGGUGGCCACGCCAGUGGCCCUGCCCACCCAGCACAGCCUGGCCACCUUCAACACCCUCUCCACUGUCAACUACAAGGAGAUCCCCUCGGUGGCCCAGGCCAAGCAGGUUACUGUCAAGUCCUCAUGGGCUCAGAGCAAAAGGAAGGCUCCCAUGCUCACCUUGCUGAAAGGCUUCAAGAUAUUUUAG